CUUGUAGUGAACGUAAACAACAUGGUGGACAGUUCAUCAACAUUUUACUUCGUUGCGUGAGUGAAACUGCUUUUCUUCUGUCAAUUCUUUUAUUCAGAUUACCCCUACAUGUAUUGACAUGGGAACAACAGCAAGCACUGAGAAUCAGGUUGCGGCUCCAGCUAUGGCCUCGCCACCUCAUGAUGUGGAAGCAGGUCCUGGAGGUGAUGUUCAAAAGAAAAAGUUGAUUGACAGUGAAAAGAUCAAGAUGUUGUCAAGGGUGAUCACAGCCAAGUCUUCCAGCAAGAGGAGAAGGAAACCAGUGAGGAAUGAUCCUUAUGUUAACACGAAGGAAAACAUGGUAUUGCUGAAACAGAUUUUCAAGAAGUUGGAUCCGUCGGUGAUGAAGACAACCAGUGAUAUCCAAGGAGAGCUCCAGAUGUCGUUAAAAUACGAUGCAAAAGAGGAACGUCUGCUUGUAAAAGUGAUCAAGGCCAGGGAACUGAAUGCCAAAGAUCUGCGAGGAAAUGGAUCGGAUCCAUUUGUCAAGGUUUGGCUUCACCCAGAUAGGUGGGAGGAAGGAAUCAAAAGGACAUCCACAGAAAAAAAGACCACCAACCCUAUCUUUGGUGAUGUCUUCACCUUCAAGUUGACAGAAGAAGAGCUGCAUGACACAAAAGUUGUUGCACAAGUUUGGGACUGGGACAGAGUGAGCAGUGAUGAUUUCAUGGGCGAGAUUAUCAUGGACCUGGCCACCACUGAUUUCAUUGACCGCCCCAUUUACAGUGCUUGGUUUCCAUUGGCACUUGAGACUGACAUGAGCAUAAGUGGUGAGAUUGAGAUAAGCCUGGAGUAUCGUCUUCCUCAGACCCUGCUGGUUACCGUUCACAGGGCAUCAGAUCUUGUCCCAAGAGACAUCGACAAGAAAGCUGAUCCAUAUGUGAAAGUCAGCAUCCCCGGGAAAACUGAGUUGGGUGUCACUGAGGUCCAAUCAGAUACCUUGAAUCCUGUCUGGGAUGAGACAUUCGAGUUUUCUGUUCCAUAUGAAGAGUUCAACGACAGGUAUAUUGUGUUGCACAUCGUCGACAAGGAUACCCUGACAGAUAAUGAGAGCAUGGGACAAGCCAUUGUUGAUCUGGGCAACCUGGACCCUGAAGUUGGUUUCCGUGGAGUCUUCCAACUCGCUGAUCUGCGUAAUUCUGACAAGCUUCGCAGCAAGUGGUCGCAGAAAGCCAUCCAACAAGAGUUCAAGGAAGCAUUGAUUGCACAUGCAUCGUUCCGGUAUCCUAGGUUCAUGUUCCAGCAUCAUGAGGGAUUGAAGGUGAUGACUUUGACGAGUGAGAAGGCAGGAGCUACAGCUAAACUGAGGAUCAUGGAUGGUGUCAUUGUCAACUAAAGCUUCAUUGUCACAGACUGGUCAAGGACAUUUUGCCCACCUAUUUGGAUUUGGACAAGAAGUAGACAGUAGUCCACAAGCUGGUCUUGAAUAUUGCGUUAUAUUUUCAAACUAGUCCUACAAUAUAUUUUAAAUACAUAGCCAUAUAUUUUUGUCAAUAAGGAUUCUGUCCUUAAGUUGGUCCACACAUGUGAUAUGGUUUCUGUAUGGUUUCUGGCUAGUCAAAGAAGGGAUUUUCAAACUUGUUUCAUAAGUCCAGAAUUACAAAACGUCAAUCAUGUUGAUAACGAGAACGGCAGGACAGCGUCUCUGCAGAGGGUACAUCCUGGAGAAAGGGCUACCCCACUUACUGCAAUUAACUUGUACAUGUACCUGUUCUGUGUCCAGGUCAUAUCUAAUUUGACAUUGUGCACCAUCAUGUACUUUUGUAUUCUGUGAUCUAUAUUAAUAUUUUGUAUAAUAUUUUAUGCCAUAUUGUAUUGUAUAUGCCAUAUUGUAUCCGUCCUUUUAAUAUGAAGAUUUUGUUUUCUUCUCUGAUCUUAAGUCUGAAGUCUAAGUCUUAUAGGUUUCCACUCUCGAAAAUCACUACACAAAACCCUUAAAAUGAUUGGGUGAUCAAAAGCCUUGUGUCCUUUUAUGUGCGAGGAUAAAGGAAAGUGGUACCCAGUAACUUGGCUGGUCCAGGUUGUUUUGCAAUAUAUUUUAAUGAAAUAAAAAUCUUGUUAAAUGACGAUUCAAUGACCUCUUAAUACGUUUGUAAAAGGGAAUAGAUUACCAUUAAAAUGGAUUUGAGGCA